GUCGUUCAUAAUUGAUAUAAAUCUGCCAGUGAGUGUUGAGGAAAAUGGUCGGUUUAAGACUCAUAGUGUUGUUGUGUACGUUCGCGGUCGUUGUGCAAGCCUGCCGCCAGCACAACGAGAAAAGACCAGCGCGAGAUGUUCCACCACCAGCACCCAUGGUGGAGAGCGUCUCCGGCCGCUUCCAGGGCUCGUGGAUGAAGAGCAGGCGCGGGAGGAGCUUCCAGGCGUACCGCGGGAUACGAUACGCCCACGCUCCUGUGGGCGAGCUGCGAUUCCAGCCUCCUAAGCCUAUGUUGAAGUAUGAAGGCGUGGUGAAUGCGACAGACGAUGGACCAGCCUGCCCGCUGCCUGCGCCACCUGACUACCCUGUCGACGAAGACUGCCUCACAAUCAACGUGUACACGCCCACCAGUAACAGUUCAGCGUCCCUACCUGUGAUAUUCUUCAUUCAUCCGGGCGGGUUCUACUCGAUGACAGGACGCAGCGACCUGGCCGGCCCGCACUACCUGCUAGACCGAGACAUCGUGCUUGUCACCAUCAACUACCGCCUCGGGUCACUCGGUUUCCUAAGCACAGGCGAUAAACUAGCGCCCGGUAACAACGGUUUCCGGGAUCAAGUGGUUGCUAUGCAAUGGGUUCAGAGGAAUAUCCGGGCGUUCGGCGGAGAGCCAAACCUGGUCACUAUCGCCGGAUGCAGCGCCGGGUCUAUCAGCGUCAUGCUGCAUAUGGUCUCUCCUAUGUCCAAAGGGUUAUUCCACCGCGGUAUAUCGAUGAGCGCGUCCCCCAUGGGUCCAGGCCCAUUGCCUGAUAAUCUGUAUGACGUGGCCGUGAAGCAGGCGCGUCUGGUGGGAUGUCCUACAGAUAACUCCACUGUCAUCAUGGAAUGUUUGAAGAACAAGCCCUGGAGGGAGCUGGGAGACUCGCUUUAUGGAUUCCGGGAGUGGGGCUUCGACCCGGUGGGCGUCUGGCCUCCAGUAGUAGAACGAGAUCUAGGUCACCAACGCUUCCUGACGGAACAACCUGCUGAUACACUACGCCGCAACGCCGCGCACACUACGCCGCAUCUCAUCAGUCAGACUACUGACGAGUUCUUCUGGAGCGCUUUCAACGUAAUCAGGAAUGAGAGUCUCCUAAACGACAUGAACGCGAACUGGGAGCGUGUAGCACCAAUCAGCUUCCAGCUUCCCGCGGAGAACUCUUCGACGGUGGUCGCCAAGUUGAAGGAGGUGUAUCUGAACAACAAACCUCUGAAGGCAGACGAGGAGAGCGCAAGGGCUCUGGGGAAAAUAUACGGAGACGCGAUCGUAGGAUUCCCGACGCACAGGAUGGCGAACCUGAUGUGCCGCCAUUCCCCUCACAAGGUGUUUUACUACGAGUUCGCGUACAUCGGUAAUCACAGCCACUACGAGGACCCUGACACUGGGAAACCAAUAGGCGCGGCGCACCACGACGACCUGAUCUACCUGUUCUCGCUGAGCUACCGGUUCCCCUUCAUCACUGCAGAUGAUGAGAACCCUGACUCCAGGAUGGUGGACUACAUGACUCAUAUGUGGUACAACUUCGCUAAGCACGGAGACCCCAAUCCCCUGGAAGGCGGUCUCCCGUCGUGGCCCGCGAUGUUUCCAAAGCGGCGCCACUACCUGCGGGUGGCAUCCCCCCCCACAUUGCACGAGAACAUGUUUGAAGACCGGUUCACGGUUUGGGAUGAACUUUAUCCAAUCAAAUACUGAUCAUAAGGAAUCGAUACACUUACAGAAGAUAAAGAAACAAGUGGAAAAAUUAAGACAAUUAAAAACACGACUGUUGUUAAAAAAUGAACUAAAAAGUUUAAUUAUGUUUUUAUUUUUAAGCAUUUAACUGCUAGAUGUUUAAAUGUAAAGAAUAGUUUACUAGAAAAAAAUCCACGCGGACCAGGCAGCGGACGGGAAAUACUAGAUUUUUUUUAAAAGUUUUUAAAAAAAACCUUGUAUUUAUCACGUGUUUCCUUGGCGUAUUACAGGUUGAACUGUUUAUUAAUUUGUAUAUGUUUGACAUGGUCUCAUUAGGACCCUUCAAAUGAUACCUACCUGUAUUGUAAUAAUUAGAAGCCUUUUUUUAAUUGACAUAAAUAUUUGACAUUGCUGUUAUUUCAAUUUUAACAGUUUAGUGAAAGGUUUCAAACGUUACUACACAUGGGUAGUGGGUGGGUUGCCUAUAAUGCAAAGAGAUGGCGCUGCCUUGCAGCUUAAGAAUGGCUAGAAGAAUUUCAACGCGGUCCGUGAGGGCCGCGGUAUCAUAAUUGGUUAGUCCCGUCUGCUGCCUGGUCCGCGUGGAUUUUUUUCUAGUUAUAUUUUCUUUAGAUUUAAACAUCAAGCAGUUACAUGCUUUAAAGAUAAUAAAAAUUGUUACCAGACAUAUCUAAAUCGAUUGAGGCGUUUAGAAGUUAUGGUGGAAUAAAGAAUAAUUGUACAUACAUACCUGAACCUUGAAAUUACCCUCUUUUAAUGAGCAGUCGUGUAAAAAGAGGAAGUUUUCGAAAGAGCCUCGAAUGGCAAUUAGUUCGUUAGUUUGAUUUAAUUAUAAUUACGUAAUUGCAGUAGAAUACUAUAACGCGUCCCAUAGACAAGUAUUAAAAAUUAUUUGACGUUUCUCAGCGUGUAAAGUGAUUCAUUUACAUAGGUAUCUAUUAUUUUACACAAUGUUUUUUUUUGUGAAUUUAUUAAUUUACUAUGUACUAAUAAAAUGUUUCAAUGUUAAUAAUUUGACUUGACUGAUUUUAUUUUAUUUCCACCAUAAAAUAGGAAAAUCCUUCUUACCUGCUUUUCUUAUGUCAAAAGGGUAGCAAACAAGCACAAGGCCUAAUUGAUAGGAAGCGGCCUCCAUCUAUCUAUCUAUAUAUAUAAAACUCAAAGGUGACUGACUGACAUAGUGAUCUAUCAAGGCACAGCCCAAACCACUGGACGGAUCGGGCUGAAAUUUGGCAUGCAGGUAGAUGUUAUGACGUAGGCAUCCGCUAAGAAAGGAUUUUGACCAAUUCUACCCCCAAGGGGAUAAAAUAGGGAAUGAAAGUUUGUAUGAAACUUUGUCAAUUUUAAACCGAUCGGGCUGAGACUUUGCAUGCAGGUAUAAGAAGAAUCAUAGAUGAAUGUCAUUGUGUAUAAUACAAGCCUGAGAACGAAAACUGUAGUCUACACUUCGGCUCUACACCGAAGCGAAGCGAGGGCGGGCCGCU